GGGUCAUUGAUUUUUGGCGCAGUUGAUUUUAUUAGCCCGCCCGCACCGUUUUCGGUUUUUCAAAUGCGUCGCGUUCGUGAAUGAAAGAUACCGUGCCAUUUAAUUAAUUCGUGUUUGCCGUUGAACGUUAAAAUUGACGGCCGGUACGAAGGCAGAAAUGUGUCAUUUCUGACGUUUUCCCUUUAGGUUGUGAUUGUCAAAACAACCACCGGUUGCAAACUCGAGACGAAGUUGACGGAGUGAGGUCAAAUUUUCGAGCGGCCGGUCCGCAGUUAUGAUAAUAUCGAAUAGUGUUGCAAGAAAUCUGUUAUAAAUGAGUAAGAUGUCGAAGAACAAAUUAAACUUAACCCUACCGCCGGGUUCGAUUGAUCAAACACCGACUGUGACCCCAACGAAUCCGUCGUAUCAAGAUCAAACGUCGCAGUCUGGCAAUUUAGUGAUGGGCACCAACAUCGAGCACUUGACUGCCCACUUGGAGGAGCUGGACAUGGACGACACGCAACGUAGGCGAAUAGAGGUCUUCCUCUGGGAAAAGGAGAAAAUCGGCGGUGAUUUAACCGACGAUGACUUCGAAAAACUAGGUGAACUUGGUUCAGGCAAUGGAGGUGUUGUAACCAAAGUCAGGCACAAAUCCAGUGGUUUAAUACUAGCCAGAAAAUUGAUUCAUUUAGAAGUAAAGCCGCCGAUCAAAAAACAAAUCAUUCGCGAACUUAAAGUUCUACACAAAUGUAAUUUCGCCCACAUCGUCGGCUUUUAUGGGGCCUUCCACAGUGAUGGGGAAAUCAGUAUUUGCAUGGAGUACAUGGAUGCAGGCUCUCUAGAUUUAAUACUAAAAAAGGCUGGUAGGAUACCUGAAAAUAUACUCGGUAAAAUCACCUCAGCUGUUCUCAAGGGACUUAGUUACUUAAGAGAUAAACACGCCAUCAUGCACAGGGAUGUAAAGCCGAGCAACAUUUUGGUUAACAGCAGUGGGGAAAUUAAGAUUUGUGAUUUUGGAGUGUCUGGACAGCUUAUUGAUUCCAUGGCGAACUCAUUUGUGGGCACCAGAAGUUACAUGUCUCCGGAAAGGUUGCAAGGUACUCACUACUCAGUGCAAAGUGAUAUAUGGUCCCUGGGUUUGUCUCUGGUGGAAAUGGCCAUCGGUAUGUAUCCAAUUCCAACGCCCGACGCCAAAACUUUAGCCGCAAUUUUCGGGUCUGGCAACGACGAAUCGCCGGAUCAUUCAAAAAGUCAGCCUCGUCCCAUGGCCAUUUUCGAAUUGUUAGAUUACAUCGUUAACGAACCACCUCCGAAAUUGCCAUCAGGGAUUUUCACUGAUGAUUUUAAGGACUUUGUUGAUAGGUGUCUUAGGAAAAAUCCUGAUGAAAGGGCUGACCUCAAAACUCUAAUGAACCAUCCAUGGAUUAAAAAGGCGGAAUCUGAAAAUGUGGACAUAGCAAGUUGGGUGUGUAAAACAAUGGAGAUUCAACCACCUAACAGAACAUAAUUAGGUUCUUUCAAGUCAAUAUUCAAGUGUAAUUGAACGCGUUUCAAAGUGAGCCAUUUUACCAAAAAAGUCAUUGUUUAUAAGUAAAUUUGUAAUUCUAGGUGAUGUUUAAAAUGUGUUAUUGUUAAAUUAUUCUGUAAUUUGAUCAAAUAUUGUCAAAUACGAAUGUCUUUCAGGUCCUUUUAUAUGUAAGAAAUUAUUUACUAUAAUUAAAAUAAAGAGUUACUAAUU